AUGAUAGCUCGUGGUAACCUGACAGAUCAACCAGCAGCUUCUCAAAUGAACUCAGUGGUUUGGGAUAAUGAACUCGCGGCCAAGGCUAGGAAAUGGGCGGGGAAGUACAAGUUCUCUCACAAUCCUGAUAGGACUGUAGCCUCGGGCCGUUUUGGAACAGGCGAAAAUAUUUACAAAGUGAGCUCAACGAAUCCGAAUUUUCAAAUUAAGCUGGACGACGCUCUCGAGGCUUGGUUUGGGGAACACAAGGACUAUGAAUACGGGCCACUUUCAAAAGAUGACUUCGACUCUUCACGGCCGGCGGUAGGACAUUACACACAGAAAUUGCUGUGUAUAUUGUUGGCCGUAUCGAAAUUAACAUGGGGGGAAUCGGACAUUUUGGAACCUCCCCUAAGAGUGGACUUGAAGCCACCGGUAGAGUAUAAUCGGUUUGAAAGAAGAGUGCAAACCUCUUGGAUCGAUAUGCCCAUUGACCACUUCGAUCCUCAAAAUCGUGAAACAUAUCGAAUGCGAUUUAUGUUCAAUGAGGAAUUUUUUGGUGGUAAUGAUUACCCUAUUUUUAUUAUGGUUGGCGGUGAAUGGACCAUUCAACCCGGAUGGUUGCUAGGAGGGAAUAUGUACUUAAUGGCUCAAGAAAAUAAAGGAUAUCUUUUUUAUACAGAACAUAGAUAUUAUGGGGAAAGUUUGCCUUACAGAACUUUUACUACCGAAAAUCUACGUUUCUUAAAUGUCGAUCAGGCACUUGCAGAUCUUGCAUAUUUCAUAUCGGAAAUUAGGAAAUUGCCGAGAUUUUUUAACAGCAAGGUGGUGUUAUACGGAGGUUCAUACGCAGCCAAUAUGGCAUUGUGGUUCAAACAAAGAUACCCGCAUUUGGUAGUGGGUGUUGUUGCUUCAAGUGGACCUAUAAAAGCCCAAGUUGAUUUUCCGGAAUAUUUGGAGGUAGUACACAAGGCAUUUCUAUCAGAGGGGGGACAAGAAUGCGUAGACACUAUUAAACAAGGAAUUGCUGACACUAUAGCUGCAAUGGAAACAGAAGACGGAAGAAGAUCUAUACAGAGAAUAUACAGGCUAUGUACUCCCUUAGACUAUAGUUCACGUCUAUCGAUGGGUUAUUUCUCCGGCUACAUAGCUUGGACCUUUUCUGGUUCUGUACAGAAUGCGAGGCCUGGUUCAGUUACAGCUAUAUGUCAGAACUUCGCUAAUAACGUCUACGGCAGAGCAUGGUACUAUCAGACAUGUACGGAAUAUGGCUACUAUCAAACAGCACCAAAAUCUGGUACCGCCUUCGACCAACUAACCUGGCUCGAUUUGCCCUUCUAUCUUGAGAUGUGCAAGAAAGUAUUCAGUGAAAAAUUUACCGAGUCGUUUGUUAUGAACGCGAUGGAUAGAGUGAAUCUUAUGUUCGGUGGAUUGUAUCCAAAUGUAAAUAACACGAUCAAUAUCCACGGUGCUAUCGAUCCGUGGCACGCGCUUGGAGUUUACGACCGGGAUCUUAAGGAAACAUCGCCAACCAUACUUGUACCCAGAGCAUCCCACUGUUUCGAUAUGUCAAAUUGGAGAGCUACAGACACUAUAAGAAUGACAGAUGCACAACAGAGAGCUAGGAGGAUCGUUGCACAGUGGCUGUCAUGA